UUAAUACCCAAAAAACCCUUUUUAAGUGAUUUUUACGAAUAAAAUUUAGAGGAAAGGAGAAAAAUGCGAAACCGCCAUUAAACUAAAGACUCCCAGGGUUUUAAGCUAUGUCGCACGCAGUUCAUCUCAUCGCUAAGAGCAUACCAGGUUAUGGACCAUCAGAUGGGAAAUGCCUUCCUUGUUUGGGAGUAUCGGGGAGAGUAGUUUCCUUGUCUUCUUGCACUUUUCGGGCCAACAAUAUAGACCAUUCACAGGUGAAAAAUCGACCUCUGAAAUGUGCUUCUAGGGGAGCAUCAUUUGUGUGCACGGCUAGGAGAAACCCAGAUUUCUCGAGGCCAAACAAAGGUGGAUACUCUCGAAACAGAAACAGGCAAAACGAAGAGAGAGACAGGGACAGCUUUGGGAACGUUGAUGAAUCUGAGCUGUUAUCUUCAAGGAAUGGGCCACUACUUACCCUUUCCAAUAACUCAAAGUACCAAGCCACUGCAGUCCCAGGACCGAGAGAGAAGGAGAUUGUUGAGCUAUUCAGGAAGGUCCAGACACAGCUCCGGGAAAGAGCCGCGGUAAAGGAAGAGAAGAAGAUUGAAGCCAUUCAAAGUAAAGGUAAAGAGAGUGAAACUGUUAACUCGCUUCUGAAGCUUCUGAGGAAACACUCGGGCGAGCAAGCUAAGAGAAAAGGCAGAAGUGGCAGCAGUGAAGACUUCAAUUUGGAUCAGCCAGAACAAAGUGCAUACAAUGAAGACAAAAGCAGAAGUUUCUUUAGUUCUACUGGCAAAAUCGAAAGUGAGGCACCAAAAUCCAAUGCCGUUUCUCCAACUAGGCCACAAUCGAUUUUCCGGCGCAAGUCUCCAGUCCCUCAAGUGAAAUACGAGUCCAUUUAUCCCAGCGAGGACACCCUCAAUUCUACAUCACAAGCCAUGGACUUGAAAAGAGAUCUGUUUGAGAUACAGCCUGAACCUAUAUACGACCCUGAAUCAGAGCCAGAACCAGAGAUAGAAACUGAGCCUGAGUCCAGGUCUGUUUUUCCGGACGGGGAUGUGUUUGAUAAGUUAGCAGAGGAUGAGUUGGAUGUUGAUGAUGCUGACGAUGAUGAGGAUGAGGAGAAACAAGACCCGAAAGAUUUGAGUGCGCUGAAAUUACUUGAACUUAGGGCACUUGCAAAGUCUCGUGGUAUAAAAGGGUAUUCAAAGAUGAAGAAAGGUGACUUGUUGGAGCUGCUAAGCUGAAUCUCUGUCUGAUGUGCAGGAUAAGUUUUGGGAGAGAGUUCAUUUAGAGAUAUUUCUUAUUGUUUUUGAAUAGUUCAUUUUCUUUAGUAUCUGUUUAGGCAUUGUAUACUUGUUUAGGCUUCAAACCGUUGCUAAGACAUGAUGGCUGCGGAUUAUCAGAGAUCAUUUCAACGUAGCCUUGACCAAAUUUUGCCGUCUUGAGACACUAGCUGUUUGUUUGAUUGAGGAUCUGCUGUUUUCAUUAUUCAAGAUGCUUCUGGAUU